AUACCUGUACACGCAUCGAUUUCAUCCUCUGUAAAGAUCCUCGCAUAAACAUCGGACCUGGACCUCGUAUAUUAGUAUAUUGAUAGUGAUUAGCAGAGACUCCGCCAGAAUCAUAUUGCUCUUUGUUCGGGUUCAUCUGAUAAGAGAUUUAAAGUUUGCACGUUUAAUUGGAGCGAUUCUUUGUCCAUAAAAGAAUGUAAACGUACCCCAUUUUGAACUAAAUUCAUAUAAAAAUUUAAAAUUCCCAUAGUUGAUUUAUAGGCCUCAUAGGAAAUUUGCACGUCAAAUUUCAUUUCCUAGUGCGAAUGUGAUUGAGUUAGUAGAUUAUUGGAUUUCGCUGAUCAUUGCCAUAUUUACCUAUCGGAUUUUUAUGUCAUCUACACAAACGAUUUGUGUUUAGACAGUCAUUGAUAUCAAGCUACAAAUAACGAAGUUACGGACAUUGAGAGUAUUGGUCUAUUUGUAAAAUAGCUUUCGUUUAUUUAACACUUGAUAGUUAAUCCAUUCGACGCUUUCAGUCCGUGAAUGUGAAUUUCUUCUUCCCCUUGCCACAAGAGGAAGGAUCCGGCAGUGUUUGGCGACAAUUUCAAUAUCAAGAGUAUAUAUAUAUGACUCUAGGUCCUCACAGCUGUGACAGUCCAGUCUCCAAGUCCUCGGGGGGAGAAGAAAAUCGACGGAGGAUCAGCAACAGGUGAUAGCUUAUUUAUACAAGGUGUCAUCGUGGAAAGCGCUGUCUGCUCUUAGGCCUUGGGGUUGUUGCUAUCAUAUUAUCUGCUGACAGACCCGCUGCAAAAGUGGAUGUUUACCACUCGGUAUCCGGAGUAAGAUUUGUUCCUAUAUUAAAGAAGAAACAUCUGCUGUCGUCUGCAGCUGGACUGUAACCUUUUUCACCCAGAAGUUCCCAUUGAAAUAGAGGCAAAGUCUCUACAUCAGACGGGGCAGAGGAAACCCGGGUACCUGUUGUUCGAUUCUUAAACCUUAACAGUACGUGAAACACAAGAUUAUCACUGGGGUUUUUUUAAUUGGAAGCAAUAACUUAAAGACUUGAUUAGACAAAGGAUGAUUAAAAACAAAGCUGGAUAAGAAUAUAAACCUUUUAGCAAUGAAGGAUUUACUCCUAAGAAGCUUUUAUUGAUCACAUAGUCAUUUUGUCAGUAACCAUUUCGAAAGAGGAGCUGAUUGCACCCGAGAACUAUUACAAGAAAGUUAGUAAAACGUGUCCAUCGAUUUUGACAUUGUUUGGAGUAUUCCGCUCAUUGGGGAUAGAACAGAAGAGCCCACUAUACUUACUGUCGACUGUCGUAGAGCCUUGAUUCAGUGUACUCCGCCACAGACCGUUAUUUAUCACUCUACUCAAUGUCUGGAUUAACUGGCUCCCUACAUUGAAAGUACCGUGACGAGACCCGCUAAACUGAUAAUCAUGAGUUUGGAGAUUCCCGAUGGGUUGGGAGAUCUCUUGCGUGAUUUCACCGUUGCCGUCUUGCGUGAUAGACCAAACGAUCUGUACGACUUUGCUGUGGAUUAUUUCUCUAAAGUUAAGGAAACGAGGAAGCCGAAGUCUAUUCCUAUGUACGUAAUUGUGGAUGAGGAUGAUGAAGGGGCAGGGGAACCAGACAAAGAACAGUUUAAACCAAAGACCCGAAAGUAUAACCGUUACGCAAGGCGUCAGUCGGUGUCGGCCGAGAGGUACGAUCCGGAGGCAGACGAUGAUGACGAAGAUAAAGUGAUUUAUCCCAAAACUGACGAGCAGCGAGAGCGACUUACAGAGGCUGUCUGUGGCAUUCUUCUUUUUAGAUGCCUGGAACCAGAGCAAAUGCAAGAUGUAAUUGACGCCAUGUUCGAAAAGGCGGUCAAACCGGGUGAGUACGUAAUACACCAGGGAGACGAUGGGGACAAUUUUUACGUCAUAGAUCAUGGUCUAUACGAUGUUUUAGUUAAUGUUAAUGAUCAAGAGAAGAAAAUACAUCGUUUUGAUAAUAGGGGAAGUUUUGGAGAGCUAGCUUUGAUGUACAACAUGCCGCGAUCGGCGUCCAUUGUGGCCGUUUCCGAUGGAGUUCUAUGGGCAAUGGAUAGAAAUUCCUUCCGCAGAAUCAUUCUUCGAAGUGCAUUUAAGAAACGUAAAAUGUACGAAGAACUCUUAGAAAACGUUACCAUGUUGAAAUCUUUGGAACCCUAUGAGAGAAUGAAUCUUGCAGAUGCAUUGGUGACUAGAAAUUUUUCGGACGGCGAAACCAUUAUAGCACAAGGAGAUGAAGCUGAUGGAAUGUAUUUUGUGGAGUCGGGGAUGAUACGGGUCACUAUAAAUCACCCGGAGGGUGGAGAAGAGGAAGUAGGACGUCAUGGGGCUGGGAAAUAUUUCGGAGAACUUGCUCUCAUAGAAAACAAACCUAGAUCCGCCAAUGUGUAUGCGAUAGGGAAAGUGAAAGUGGCAUUUUUGGAACGUGAUUCUUUCGAAAGACUUUUAGGUCCAUGUCUUGACAUUAUGAAAAGAAAUUCGGAAAUAUAUAAAAACUACACAGAAAGUUCUUGAAAAAAAAAUCAGGAAGGGUAAGAAAUUAUCUUCUUUUUUAAUCGUUCGGACGUUGCAACGAUAUCAUACGGAAAACUGACAAUAUAUUUGCUGAGUAAUAGUUAACUAUAUUUUAUACGUCGUUUGCCCAUGCAUUAAAUGCCGAUGACUGAAGGACCAUUUGAGCUCAGCAGAAUGGAUUAUUCUUCAAGUGAAACAUUGUCAUGAUUAAGCAAUUAGAUUUUUAAUCUGCUUUUCCUUAUACCCUGACGAUGGCAUGCGUGAGAACGUGAGCACGGUGCGUUUGAUUUCAAAGAACAGGGAUAUCCGAUGAGGUGUACUCUAUGCUCAUAGCCAGCGCACUCCCGAGUUGAACUUUUUCAAUCAUCUUCUUAAUUGAAGUAGUGUUUGUAUCGAUUUUGUAUUAUUCCCAUUCCUCUUAUAAAGUAUUCAUGCGUUGCAUCCGACAGUCAGCGAACGGUGCUUCUGAAUGUAAUAAAUUGGUGAUUAAUUUUGAAUAUUGUGAAAAAAACUGCAUAUCAACUAAUUAUAGUAUGUGUCCCUCACGUUUAGACCAAUGAACAAUAAAUCAACCGUUGUUGCAAAAAACUAGAAAUUCUGCAUUUUAUCAAUGAGUUAUCACUAAUGGUUGGUUUUUUCCUCUUCAAUGAUAUUGUCGUUCAUAAUUGGAUCCCAUUUACUUAUCGAGCAAGAAAACGUCCUUUCAAUGAGCCGACAGUUCGGGGUGAUGGUGAUGAUUGAUUGAGAUUAUUGAUAUUGUGACGUACUGGUUCUUUCUUCUUAAAGAUGUACGUAAUCGAACGUGUAAUGGUUAACUCAAGAGCUAUAAUGUAAGAUGGGUAAAAUUAUUACGUAUAAUGUUUAACUAUAUAACUAUAAAUUCAGACUGGUAAAAUUACGUGCAGUGGUUAACACUAAGGCUAUGAAGUAAAGCGGGUAAAAUCAAAUUGCCUUUGCCUAACACGGAAAUGCAACGGUACAAAUCGAUCCUUGUGUUGUUAGAGAAUGAUACAUUUGUAUAUUAGAGCCACGGUGGAAAUUCAAUUUAUUUCAGAUGUUUCUCAUAGAUUAAGAAGAGUGAAGUAUCCCCUAAUACGACAAAUGAUCGGUCUCGUUGUUCUCUGAUUUGUUUAACAUGAGUCAUUUGGUAAAAUAUUUGAUUUUGAUAAUGAUGCUGACAAAUUAUACAGAACACAUUAAUACGAGCGAGCUCUCUCGUGAAUCUCUGUGAUUUUGUGUAAACUUGUCAGCUCAAAGCGUAGGCGCCUCUUCCUUGUAGUGAAUACAAUUAUUAUAGUAAUGAUGGGGUAUUUCUCUGUACAUGUACAAUUAAGCCUAGCUGUAGGCUUCCAUACAGAGGCACCUAAGGUCCACGCCAAGACUCGCUCAGCGAUACAUGUACAUACAUCUCGGUGACAUCCAAUCCAGCUGUGUACAAUCUUACAGAUAAUUGUUUUCAAAUAAUUUCUUUGUUUUUACCAAUAUAUUCUUCUGUGUAUGCAUUCUUGUAUUUCUUCGCUAGUCGCAAAUGGUUUAAAUUUAUUUUGUUCUGUAUAAAUGUCUGUCUUAUUUCA